AUGAAACAAUCAGUUUAAAGAUAUUCAGUAAAAAUCUUAUCUCAUGAAAUAAUUGAUAAAAAGGUUUACUACAUAAUAUAUGUGUAUAAUAUGGAAGGCGGUGAACCUAAAGAGACUAGAAAAAGGUAUUCAGAAUUAGAAUCAAUGCAUCAAAAAAUAUUAGAUUGGAUUAAUAUUUUUAAAAUACGAAUUCAAAAUCUCAAUUUCCCCAAAAAAAAGUUAUUCUUUCACACCAAUUAAAGUGAGGAAAGUAUUAUUAAGAGAGUAAAUUUUUUAAUUAUCAAAGAGAGGAGAAUUAUAAUAAUAUUUCAAUUAAGUAUUCGCAUAUUCUGAAUUAUAAUGUUUGGAUGUGAUUGAAGAUAUGCUUCCUAAGGAUAUUGUAUGUUAAAAAUAAUUUGGUUAAAAAGUAGAUAGAAAAUGGUAAGAGAUUUAAUAACUGAAAGAAUCAUACCUAGCUAAACAUGGUGAUUCUAUCUUUUCCUUACCUUAAAAAAAAAUUGGGAAUUCUAAUAAGUAUUUAUUUAAAUAUAUAUGAAUAGAUAACAAUAUAUUUUUAAAUUUGAUGAUCAUAUUAUAAUAGAUGAUUGUAUUCUUUAUACAAUUGAAGUAAAUGAUACAAUUACUCAAAAGAGAUGGAAGUUUAAUUAACGAUAUUAGGAUCUAAGAGAUUAUCAUAGAUAAUUAAAGAAUCUUCGUUUUGAUUUCCCUCUUCCACAUCUACCUGAAAAGAAAUCUUUAAGUCCAAAAGAAAUAAUUGAUUUAAGAGAAAGGAAAUCUUAAUUGGAAUUUUAUUUAAAUAAAUUGUUUGGGUAUUAUAUUAAUUUAUAUUUAGUUUUUAAAUAAUAGUUGAAAAUGAUAUCAUGGUUUUUUUAAUAGCCAAAAGUUAAUUAGAUGGAAAUGAGAUUGGCUGUAGAUCUUAAGGAAAUAAUUGUUAAAAUACUCUAGAUGUAUUAAUAUAUUAUAUAUGAUAGAAUUCAAGUAUCUAAUCUAAAAGUCAAACUACAAUCGAAUAAAUAGAUGAUGAAACAAGAUUAAAUCGAAAGAUAACUUGUUGA